AUGGUGAACUUGGUAUAUCAGGAUCAGAGGAAUCCUAUGAAAAUCACCAGAGCUGAUCCUAACUAUAAUUUUCUCCAAGUUAUGACUUGGGGGAGCAGGCAUUGUGGCACAGGGAAAUUUGGACAGAAGUUGAAGCAGAAAAAACUGUAUUUGCAGCAGCAGCAGCAUUUAACAUGUAUUGAUGGAGAUUCUUCCUAUAGUUGUGUCUUUGGCACAGAGUUGGAUCUCAAUGCUCACAAAAGAGCACAACUGCGUAAGUUUGUGAGUUUUGUUCAUGUCCUACCCUUUGUCUUUGCCAUUCAUGAGAUCAACCAGAAUCCAAGGCUCUUACCAAACAUCACCCUUGGCUACAACAUUUAUGAGAUACUUUUCAAUGCAAGGAUAACAUAUGAUUCCAUUAUGGAUUUGCUAUCCAUGGGACAGGAGAAUGUCCCAAACUACAGUUGUGGAAGACCAAAAAAUCUGUUGGCUGUGCUUGAAGGGACUGAUUCUGAUCUCUUCAGUCAUGUUUCAGGCAUGCUGAGCAUCUACAAAAUGCCUCAGCUUCAUCCUUUCCUAAGAAACUUUCAGCUUUACAAUCUUUCCAUGGAUAAUAUUUAUUUGGAUGAGGAUGGAAAUCCUGUUGCUAACUUGGAUAUUAUAAACUGGGCAAUGUUUCCCAACAAGUCUACUGUUGGAGUGAAAAUUGGGAAUAUAGAAAGAGAGACCUCUUCAGAAGUCAAGAUCUCCAUCAAUCAGAAUGAAGCCCACUGUGAAAAAUGUCCAGAUGAGCAGCAUUCCAAUAAGAAUGGAGAUCAAUGUGUCCCCAAGGUUUUUAGUUUUCUGUCUUAUCAAGAAACAUUAGGUUUCAGUCUGGCUCUGAUCGCCUCUUUUUUGUCUUUUACCACUGCCUUUGUCCUGGGAAUCUUUAUUAAAAACCGAGAAACUCCUAUAGUCAGAGCCAACAACCGGGACAUCACAUAUAUUCUCUUGGUCUCUCUUCUUCUGUCCUUCUUAACCUCCCUUCUAUUCAUUGGUCACCCCAAGAAAGUGACCUGUCUCCUUCAACAAACCACCUUCAGUGUUGUCUUUUCAAUGGCAGUGUCUUCUUUGCUAGCAAAGACUGUCAUGGUGGUGAUAGCAUUUCUGGCCACAAAGCCAGCCAGCAGGAUGAGGAAAUGGCUGGGGAAAAGUCUUCCCAACUCGAUUGUCUUAUCUUACACUGGUAUUCAGAUUGGUAUAUGUAUCAUAUGGCUGGGAAUCUCUCCUCCCUUCCCAGAUUCUGAUCUGCAUUCCCAACCAGGACAGAUUCUUCUAAAAUGCAAUGAAGGAUCUGUCAUCAUGUUCUAUAUCACACUGGGCUACCUGGGCUUUUUGGCUACCAUCUGCUUCUUAGUGGCUUUCCUAGCCCGAAAACUGCCGGGGACUUUCAAUGAAGCCAAGUGGAUCACCUUCAGCAUGUUGGUUUUCUGCAGUGUUUGGAUCUCCUUUGUCCCCACCUACCUGAGUACCAAAGGAAAAUAUAUGGUGGCUGUGCAGAUUUUUUCCAUCCUGGCCUCCAGCUUGGGUUUACUGGUCUGCAUUUUUGUUCCCAAAUGCUACAUCAUUAUUCUGAACCCCCACAUGAAUACCAAACAGCACUUAAGGAUGAAAAACUUUGAGAGGUAUUGA